AGAAGCAGCCAAUGAGGAACGAUCUUAAUACGUAUGCCACGUCGUUAUACGGCGGAUGCCACUAAAAAUGAUGGCCUCCAGCUACUGCUUGUAAGUUAAUACGGUGCGGAAACGGCGAACAGAAGUGUUUGGCAAAGACAGCGGCAACACGGUGAAGAAGAAAGGGCAGACAGGCCCUAGGGCAAAGGAAGGGGAAGCGGACAAGUGCCAGCGGUGCCCGGUACAGGUACUGGCGACUGUUGUACAGGAGAAUUUUACUGUUUUCAUACUAUGAAAAAGCUUGGGAUGGAUUCACUGAGACUUUUAUGUUUUCAGUGAGAUUCAUUCUGGUUCCUGCUUCCGACAUGUGAGCACAGCUAAGGGGCCAGUUUCUGAAUCUCCAGUGUAUGCUGGAUACCAGUGCAGCUCUUCAGUAUUCGUGGUGUAACACAGCAUGUUCCCAACUCUACCAUGUCAUGGAGCUGCAGGAUAAAACCCAGGAGACAGUUCCAGUUAAUCUGGGUCUGUCUACAUGGCAGGCUUUGACUAUCCUGAGAGACCAGCUCUUUCAUCUUCUAGAGCAGCAGCAGAAGCUAGACAGGAGGAAGACCAGUUGGAAGGAGUUUCUGGGAUGGCGCUUUCUUCAUCAUAAUAACCGUUUCUCUAGCUUCCAUUGGCCUGGUGCUUUAUUGAUGCUGUUGGCCGUCAUCCUACUGUUCUGCUGUCAUGGAAGCCAACCACAAGGAAGCCAGGGGAUUGAAGUUGUUAAUGCUGGAGCCUUGCUGAUACUGCUGCUAGUAAACCUCUUUCUGAUUGGAAGGCAAGAGUGGCUGAAAAAAAGUGAGAUUGUUCGUCGCUUGCAGAUGAUCAUUAACAAGCUGAAUGAUACUCUCAGCAACACUAAAACUGUGAAAUGGCCUUCCUCGCUCUAUCCAGACCUCUACAUGCCCUCUUCCACAUCCUGGUCUUUGCACUGGGCCUACAGGGAUGGUCAGCUUGUCAAUAUUCCUGUGAGCCUGCUUGUGGAGGGGGAUGUUAUUGCACUGCGGCCUGGGCAGGAGUCCUUUGCAUCUCUCCGUGGCAUCAAGGAUGAUGAGCAUAUUGUCCUUGAGCCAGGAGACCUGUUUCCUCCUUUUUCUCCACCACCUUCUCCUCGUGAAUAUGAAAAAAAAGGACCACAGGACCCUCAGCAGUUCCGCCUGUUCAGAGUAGUCCGAACUCCCAUUAUAGACAAUAUCAGACGGUGUCUGGAUAUGGCUCUUGACCGACCUGUGACAGCACUCGAUAAUGAGAGGUUCACAGUCCAGUCAGCAAUGGACAAAUAUGCAUGUCCAGUGGUGCUAGUUGCCUUCUUAAUUACAAACACAGUUCGCUUUUGUUUUAAUGCUCCUGGUGUGGCACCUUGGCGGUUCAACUUCUUUCAGCUUCAGAUAAAUGGAGUUCUUCCCAUUCUUCCUCUCCUUUUCCCCAUAAUGUGGGUGCUUGUCAGUGCCUAUGGAGAAGCGAGGGUUUUGGCUGAAUCAAGCAAGGCUUCUCCCACAGGGCUGCUGGCUAAAUUCUCAGAGGACACUCUAAGCAGCUACACGGAGGUGGUGUCUUCACAGGAGAUUCUGUGCUGCAUCUGGAGACACUUCCUCAACAUCAUGCAAGGCAAGUCUCUGACACUGUGCUACACGUCGAGUGUUCUCCACAGCCUGGGAUCAGUCACAGUGCUCUGCUGUGUAGAUAAACAGGGUGUUCUGUCAUGGCCCAAUCCAAGCCCUGAGACUGUUCUUUUCUUUAGUGGUAAAGUGGAGCCACCACAUGACAGCCAUGAGGACCUCAAAGAUGAUGUGUCCAUGGAAUCUUUCUGUAGGAUGGAAGGGGAAGAAGACCGAGAAGAGGCCCAGGAAGCUGAUGCUCUUCUUUGUGCUCCUGCUCUUGACUCUGUGCAGAUGACAAAUGAAAAGGACCCGAGUGAAGUCUCUGUUGAUACACCACGUUCUUCAGACACCCAGCGGCCUCGCAAGCAGAAAGAAGGCCGGCGGGCUAAACACCCCUCUGGAUCAAAUGUCAGUUUCAGCCGUGACACAGAAGGAGGCGAAGAGGAAAGCUCACAGGCAUGUAGCUCAUAUGAGGUUCUGGACUAUGAGGCAGAGGACUAUGUAUGUGAUUACCAUAUGGAGAUGCUGAGUCUUUCACAGGACCAGCAGAACCCUGUCAGUAUUCAGUUUGAUUCUUCAAGCUGGCAGUACCACCUAACAUCUCUCAAGCCUCUGGGCCUGAAUAUCCUACUGAACCUAUGUAAUGCAACUGUGACAGAGAAACUGUGCAGCUUCUCCGAUCACUUGUCCAACAUUGCACUCCAAGAAGCGCAUGGCUCAGUUGUUCCCAUUCAUAUCCCUUGGUGGCUGUGUGAGCUCGCCCGGCUUAUAGGCUUUACCCCAGGUGCCAAAGAACUUUUUAAACAAGAGCACCACUUGGCCAUGUACCAGUUGCCUUCAGCUGAAGCAGCCAAGGAAUUUGGCUCUAAAAGACUUCAUCAGUUCACUAAGAGGCAGCCCCCAUUAAGUCACCUGAUUAGCCUGCUUGUCCGAGACUCCACUACUAAUAACGUGCAAAUGCUCUCCCAUGGAACUGCAGAUCUUAUUCUGGAAGCCUGUACAGAUUUUUGGGAUGGCUCUGACAUUUAUCCUCUCUCUGGAUCUGACAGGAAGAAGGUGCUUGACUUUUACCAGCGGGCUUGCCUGUCAGGGUACUGCUCUGCUUUCUCUUACAAACCCAUGCAAUGCACAUUGUCCCCGGAACUUAAUGGAAAGUGCAUUGAGUUGGUACAGCUGCCAGGGCAACAUGCAAUCUUUACCCCCUUUGAGCUGCCUGGAACCACACCCAUCAAAUACAACAGUCGUCGAAACAGCUGGAGUUCAGACGAGGGCAUCUAUGAAGUGGCUGAGAAAGAAGACUGCAUUCAGGCUCUGAGUGGUCAGAUCUUCAUGGGCAUGGUGUCCUCGCAGUACCAGGCACGUCUUGACAUUGUACGGUUGAUUGAUGCUCUGGUCAAUGCUUGCAUUCGCUUUGUCUAUUUCUCCAUGGAAGAUGAGCUCAGAAGCAAGGUAUUUGCCGAAAAAAUGGGCUUAGAGACUGGCUGGAACUGUCACAUCUCCUUAACUCCUAAUGGCGAUGGCCAUGGAUCAGAGAUCCCUCCGUCAAGCCCCAGUCACGCCGGGUCACUUCAUGAGGACAUACAUCAAGAUUCCCGAGACGAAGGAGAAGGAGCCUUGCUGUUGGAUGAGGAAAGGCAUUCUGAUCUUGUGAGCUUCCAGCCAACUGACAGUGACGUGCCCAGUUUUCUUGAAGAUUGCAAUCGGGCCAAACUGCCAAGGGGCAUCCAUCAGGUGCGUCCCCACCUCAAGAAUAUCGACAACGUGCCUUUACUUGUGCCACUGUUUACAGACUGCACACCUGAGACCAUGUGUGAGAUGAUUAAAAUAAUGCAAGAGAAUCAAGAGGUCACCUGCUGCUUGGGGAGCUCAGUCAACUUUCGGAACAACAUUCUCUUUCUGCAGAGUGACCUUAGCAUUGCCCUGGACCCUCUGUAUCCCUCGCGCUGCUCCUGGGACACAUUCGGCUAUGCUGCCAGCACCAAUUUCUCCUCCGACACAGAAGACCUCUCGCCUAUGCAGCUGUCUGGACUCCUCAAUGGCCUCGCCUGCUCCUUUUCUUUGCAGCAAGAGGAAAGCGUCAGCAUAGCAAAACUCAUACAGCAGGCUCGCCACACUACUUAUGGGAUCAGAAAAUGCUUCCUGUUUCUCUUGCAAUGCCAGCUCACUCUUGUGAUUAUACAGUUUGUGGCGUGCCUCGUCCAACUCCCUCCUCCCAUCAACAUUACGGACAUCCUUUGGCUUUCAUGUUUCUGUUUCCCGCUGCUAAGCUUAUCUUUGCUGGGGAAGCCUCCGGACAGCUCUGUCAUGACAGUGGCGACUGGGAAAAAUUUGGAUUCCAUUCCAAGAAAGACACGGCAUCGUUUCCUGGUGUGCUUCCUCAUAAAGUUUAGCGUCACUAUCUUGACUUACCUUUCCUGUUUUGGCUUUACCCUACAAACAUUCUGUGAGAAAUCUCGCACCAACUGUUCCUCUGUCAUUUCAACAAUUAAUUCUGAAGGCGCUCCCAACUGGUUUGGAGAGUUGGCGAACGGCUUGCUGCUCAUCCAGAAGGUUAUGGCUGCUUUCUUGGCCCUGCAUACAGUGGUUGUGUCACUCAGCCAUGUCCAUCGUUCCAAACCUUUGUGGAGGAAGAGCCCCUUCACCAAUACCUGGUGGUGCUUCGCUGUGCCAGUGGUCUUGCUGGGCCAAGUCAUUCAAGCAAUAGUGGACUUUAAACUGUGGAAUAACGUGCACUCAACUGUUGUCAUUACAAUGGAAGACAUACCUCUGUGGUCCUGGCUUUUGGGUUCACUCUCCGUUUUCCUGGUGGUGGUGGUGAAUGAGAUGGUGAAACUCCAUGAGAUCAGAGUACGAGUUCGUUAUCAAAAGCGCCAGAAGUUGCAAUUUGAAACCAAGCUGGGAAUGAAUUCCCCUUUCUGAAGGCCAGAGGUGCAGCUACAGACCUUGCGUUGGUCAGAUGAGAGAGCGACACCUGAACGGACUGCAGAUGCUCGUCGUCAGUGCAGCAGGAAGAUGAUCAGUGGCCCUUGACUGUAAAAUGUUUUAGUAUUUUUGCUGUGAACUGCCUGGAUGCUCAUUUUCAUACAAAAAGGUUAAAAAAAAAAAAAAAAGUUCGCAAGCAAAUAUUUUUGAACUUAUUUUUACCAUUGUCAAAUUAUGUGGAAGUACUCCCUGUGAAUUUGUCUGAACUGUCAGAUACAUUUAAUAGAAAUACAGUUUGUACAUGCUACACAGUCUGAGUGCAAUAGUUAACUGAUUAAGCGGUUACUCUGAUUAUUUAAUGAACUUUUCAAGCACAUCUGUUUAAGAUGCAAUGCAAGGUAAGCUGCUGUAAAGCACAUCCUUCUGGAUCUUACUUGAACCGCACCUUCAUUUCUCAUUAGAUUACAGGAGACACACUUUAGUAAUCCUAAUGGGAGAUUCAGCUCCUGUUCCAGUUUAGUAUAAUCCAUUGUUUCAUUGUAAUUGCCAGACCUCCAAAAAAAAAAAAAAAAUUCACCCCAUGGGUGCCCCUUUCUGCUGAAGACCUGCAGCCCAGUACACACCAAACCCACCUGCCGAGAGUGCUUCCUGUCAUGUCUGUUGAUGCCCCUAGCAGCUCUAUCACAUCUAUGACUGUUGCUAUCAGGAUACGCACAACAAAACUUGUCUUAUUUUGUAAGUUUUUUCUCUCCUUCAGGUGCUACUUUUAUAAUCAUGUACUGUAAAAAAGGCCUUUUUUUUUUGCUUAAUUUGCAUUUCGUACUGAUCACUGUCGUAAAAUCCUCUCUAAAAUUGAAAGGUCAACAUGAGAAACGGUUCUUAUUCUGGACACCCAGCGGCUCUUGUGUUCAUUCAACACAUCACAUACAAUACAAAUACCAACAACGCCUGCUGUGUUCUAGUGUGGUGACCCAGCACCAAGCAGUGGUUUCAUACCUCAACGAUAAAUCCACUCUCUGGGUUUUAUUAAGAACAUAAAAAUGCAGAUUGUAGAUAUAAUACUGACAUACUCCCAAUAUCACACAUUAGAAAGGACAAUGCUGUACAUCAGUCAAAUUUUAAAUCAUGAGUUAGACUUGAAAUCCAAGACCUUAAAACUUGAAGCUUGGUCCCUGUGUUGUCAGAAUGGCAGUCAUUCUGGGUUUUGGAUACCAUUUGUCAUCUGCCCAGAAUGUUUUAUCCACAGGAGAACAGAUUUUCUUGCAUCAGAGUAGAAAUUCAAAGUGUUAAAAGUGAUUGUUAAACACAAACCUAAAAAAAAAAAAAAUUCACUGUCAUUUGUCUAGAAUCAUUUUCCCUGAUGUUACUUUGACUUAUUCUAACGUCCUUUUUUUUGUUGUUGUUGCUAAACUUGUGUUUAGAAGUCAAUCAAAUCACUAUUUCUUACUUUCUAAUUUAAGGGAAUGUUUUACAUUUUUUAAGCAUUUCUUAUUUAUACCAAGUUUGUCUGGGAUUUUCAUUGUCUUUUACAUUUGGCCAUUUCUUGUUUCAAGGCAGAUUUAAAUGCAAAAAUGAUCUUAAAAUGUAGAAUGACAUUAAAAGUCCAGAUAAAAUAAGCAAAUAAGACCUCUUCACAAAGAGACAGAAAGAAUCCACGUGUGUGCACUUGAGCCCAUGCCACUGACGUGAUCAGGAGUGGAACUAACUGCAACGUCACGGAAAGGAAAUAUUCAAGUCAAAGUUUUGAUUCUCUGAUGUGUCCUGUUUUGCUCAGGACUACUCACACUGUUGACACACGUAUGCCAUUUUGUACCUCAUCUGCAGCAUCCAUCACUCUCUUUGUCAAACAGGCCUCCUAAUGGUGUUCUCCUUUGCUCCAGUCCCUAACAAGGUAGUGUGCGUUUUGUUUUUGUUUUUUUUAUUAUUACUGAACAGUACUACUCUGCCUUGCAUAUUUUAUAACCACUUAGAGGCAAUACGGUACAUAUUGUGAAAAGCUCUUCAGUAAAGUCAUAUUAGCAUUAUUUACACUAGUCUCACACCUUGACUCCCUAUCAAGUUCAAUACUGCUGUUUUCAAGAAAAAAAACAUCUACAAAGAAAAAAGUAGACCACCGCAGGAAAAGCUAGAGUUGUAGUAAUGCUCAGUCCAGCUUUAAUGGCGGUCCUUUCAAGUCUGACAAGUGGACCCAACACUAAAGGGAUACUAAACACGUUAUGACCUCUCUUGGCGUGGAAGUGUAGGCAUUUUGCUUUGCUGCAUCAGUGACAAAUCUGUUAGGGGCGCUAAAGUCUUCAUCUGCCAUUAAAGUCUAGGUGUCUGUUGUUGGACAUUAUAUGGGAAUAAAUCUGACUUCAGUGGGAAUGUAGUGUCAGUCUGUCAACUUAAGAUGUUUCAGCAUGCGCACACUGAGGAACAGAAAUGUGUAGAAUGUGCUACUGAUUGAGUGAUGCAUGGAAAAUGAAUAUGCAGCAAAAGUCUGAUAUGUUUUUAAUGGUGUAUAUUUUAUAAAAUGUUAGUUGUACAGUAUGAUCUUUUUAUCAGUAUGUUGUCAAACAUUUUAAAAUUAAUAAACUGUUUUAAAGUGA